CGUAUACUGCGUAUGCAAAACGCGGCAAGCCAACCUUACGCCAUCAUCGUCGUCACCUCAACUCAACUGCUUCACCUCAUCUCCAUUGAGUAUUUCCCUUCGCAAGCCGACAAAAUAUUUUCUAAAUUUUACAAGAAAACCCUUUCUCUUUUUGCUACCUACGAAACUUCUCAUUUUCCUCGACAGCUUCUUCGCAAGUAUUUUGAAGUUUCUUCCAUACAGCAAUCAUCAGGUUCUAUUAGGUUGUUUCGUUUUUACCGUUUCUCGACGUUAAUUUCGUUUUUUUCCACAUGGGUUUUGCUUAUUGAGUGAUUAUUUUUUCUGGGUAUUCGUUGGAAAUACGAAAAGAAGAAUAGAUUUGGGGAUUAGGGUUCUGGUAGUAGAUUUGUUACUCUGUGUAUAGCUGAUUCGAUCAAGUUUCGGGGGUUUAUGUACGUUUUGAUGAAGAUUCAUGCUAUGGGUUUAAUCUCAGAAUCAGGAAAAGCUGAUUUGAUUUGGGGUGUUAGGCCUUUGUUCUACCAUAAAUUUGUAGCAAAAAAUAUGGAAAUUUCUCGAUCUUAGUUUGAUAAAAGGGCAGUAUAAUCAUUUAAGAUCCAUCAGUUUGUGGGUUUCAUUAUAUUCUCUGCCACUAAUCUCUUCAAGUGCUUUGUGGUCUUGCUGCUCGGAUUUCAGAAUCUCUAAAGUUGACCUUGACUUUGAUUUUUCACUUGAACAUUUAUAAGCCUUGAUUUGAUCCAUUAUAUGUCCUUUCCAACUAUAUCAUAGCAAAACGUUCUUUGUGGUUUGAGUUCUUGUUCUUCAUCUAUGGAAGUUCCAAGAUUUGACCUUAACCCUUGAUCUUCUUUCAUGUUAGGAAUCUGAGCUCUUUCUUUUUAGCCAUAAAAGUUUCUAUUUUUAACCCCUAAAAAUCUUUUUUCAUGUGAUUUUUUCAUUUCCAUACUGGGAAUUCGACUUUAAUCCAUGGCAUAUUCAUCAGAACCAUCAUCAUCGAUAAGCUUCACCUCAUCAUCUCACAUAUCCAACGGCUCUUCUCCAAUCCCUGAUACACGCCCAAAUCUUGAAAUCAUUAGCUUAAACAAACUCAGCUCAAAUUUAGAGAAGCUCUUGUCUGAUUCCGAUUCUGAUUACAGCGAUGCCGAAGUUGUUAUUGAGGGGAUUCCAGUAGGCAUUCAUAGGUGUAUCUUAGCUACUAGAAGCAAGUUCUUUAGCGAUUUGUUUAAGGAAAGUAAAGGGUGUGUUGAAAAGGAUGGGAAACCGAAAUACAACAUGAGUGAAUUGUUGCCAUAUGGGAAUGUUGGAUAUGAUGCUUUUCUUGUAUUUUUAAGUUAUAUUUAUACUGGAAAAUUGAAGUCAUCUCCCCCAGAGGUUUCAACUUGUGUGGAUGAUGGAUGCCUCCAUGAUGCUUGUCGCCCUGCUAUUAAUUUUGCAGUUGAAUUGACUUAUGCAGCUUCGGUUUUUCAAAUUCCGGAGUUGGUUUCGCUUUUUCAGCGUCGACUUCUCAAUUUCAUCGACAAAGCUCUCGUAGAAGACGUAAUCCCGAUCCUCGUUGUCGCCUUUCACUGCCAAUUACAACAUGUUUCAACUCGUUGUAUCGAUCGUAUAUCGCGCUCAGAUCUCGACAACGUUUGCCUCCAAAAAGAGCUUCCAUUCGAAGUCUUCCAAAUCAUCAAAUCAAUUCGCAACCCUGAACACGAGCACACAGUCGAAUCCGAUGAAGACGCAUUACGUGAAAAACGAAUCAAAAGCAUACACAAAGCCCUCGAUUGCGACGAUGUCGAACUCGUCAAACUAAUUUUGACCGAGUCAAACAUCACAUUAAACGAAGCGUUCGCUUUGCAUUACGCAGUCGCGUAUUGUAAUCAAGAAGUCGCGAAGCAGAUUCUCGAUUUGAAUCUCGCGGAUGUCAAUUUGAGGAACGCGCGAGGGUACACAGUGCUGCAUGUGGCGGCGAUGCGGAGGGAGCCGUCGAUUAUUGUCUCGCUUUUGAGUAAAGGGGCGGUGGCGGCGGAGAUGACGGCUGAUGGGCAAAGUGCUGUGAGUAUUUGUCGGAGGUUAACGAGACCAAAGGAUUAUAAUGUGAAGAUUGAACGAGGGCAAGAAAGGAAUAAAGAUUGGAUGUGUAUUGAUGUUUUGGAGAGGGAGAUUAAGAGGAAUCCUAUGGUGGGAGAUGUUUCGGUUUGUUCUUCCGCUGUUGCAGAUGAUUUGCAUAUGAAGUUGCUUUACUUGGAAAAUCGAGUGGCGUUUGCAAGAUUAUUGUUUCCUUCGGAAGCUAAACUAGCUAUGGAAAUCGCACAUGCCCAAACAACCUCGGAGUUUCCGGGUCUCUUGGCGUCAAAAGGGUCAAAUGGUAAUUUAAGGGAGAUGGAUUUGAAUGAAACACCAACGGUACAAAACAAAAGAUUGUUUUCAAGAAUGGAAGCUCUUUUAAGAACAGUGGAGACGGGUAGGCGUUAUUUUCCUCAUUGUUCGGAGGUUCUUGAUAAGUUCAUGGAGGACGAUCUACCGGAUCUAUUUUACCUGGAGAAGGGUACUCCAGAAGAACAAGAAAUAAAAAGAACUCGAUUUGUUGAACUUAAAGAAGAUGUCCAAAGGGCCUUCACUAAGGAUAAAGCCGAGCUUCAUCGUGGUUUGUCUUCAUCGAUGUACUCCCCAACAGUGAGACACGGGGGGAAGAAUAAAACACGAAAAUACUCGUGAAAUGUGUAUUUUAUGUGUUUACGUUGAAUAGAUUGUUAUGUUAGAUGUCUGUAGCCUCACAUCAGCUAGACACAGUUUUAUCUGCAUGCAUUUGUAUGACAUGUUUACUUUUUUGGAGAGAAAAUCAAGGACUCCAUGUAUCUAUCGGUUAA